AAGCCGCGCUGUUAACAGUGCCAGUCGAGGAGUUGUGGAUUGUGUGUGGAACGUGCGCUGCUCGCUUAACAGGCCCAAACGCUGAACAUGUUGCUAGAAGCAUUCAAUUUGCUGCUGGUACUCGGGCGCUUCGGUUGUGCGAGCGGUUUCGUGCGUUCCCUUACGUUACGUUGCGGUUACGUUCGUUUCGUCGAAUUUCGCAUGUUAAACGGAAAUUUUGUAGUUCGUAUGUCGGCAGCGCGAAUUGUCGUGCGUUACGGUCGAAUGUCAUUGGCUGCACGCGGUUUCCGGUUUCCGGCUCGUAGCGCCAUGGCAUAGAAUAAACCCAAACGAGUGAAAUAUAAGUGAAAAAUCGAGUAAAGUGAAACGACAAAAAAAUCUAAAGAAAAAGUGAAAUUAAGAGAAAAACAAAAAAAAAAUAGAAAAUCUUGACAAAAUGCAUUCGAAUGAAAUGUGUGCUCACGCAUUUGGCUUACAAAAUAAAAAUAAAAUCAAAAAGAUCAAACAGGCAGAGGAAAAUAGAAACAAUCAAAAUGUCGCCACAACGUCGCCGACGCAUCUAAAAUUAGAGAGCGAAAAGAUGCGUCAGUUUGUUGCAUUGUUGCAACUGCUGCAACCGCUGCUGCUCGUUUUGGCUGGAUUAAAUGGAUUAACACUAGUUGCCGCACUCAAGGGUGAAAAUCCACAUAUCAUCGAGCAUCCCAUGGAUACGACGGUCCCUAAGAAUGGCCCAUUUACGUUCAACUGUAAAGCCGAGGGCAAUCCAACUCCUUCGAUUCAAUGGUUCAAGGAUGGACGCGAACUGAAGACGGACGAGGGCUCGCAUCGCAUAAUGUUACCCGCGGGCGGUUUAUUCUUUCUGAAGGUCAUACACUCGCGCAGGGAGAGCGAUGCGGGCACGUACUGGUGCCAGGCAAAGAACGAAUUCGGCGUCGCACGUUCCAGGAAUGCAACGUUGCAAGUCGCAUUUCUGCGCGAUGAAUUUCGACUGGAACCGCAAAACACGCGAGUGGCCCAGGGCGAGGUAGCGCUGAUGGAAUGCGGUGCACCGCGUGGCUCACCGGAACCGCAAAUCUCCUGGCGCAAGAACGGACAAACUCUGAAUCUGAGUGGCAAUGGCGCCGGUGGAGGCAACAAGCGGAUACGCAUCGUCGAUGGCGGUAAUCUGGCCAUACAGGAUGCCCGUCAGUCGGAUGAUGGCAGAUACCAGUGUGUGGUCAAGAAUGUCGUCGGCACUCGCGAGUCGAGCACCGCUUCUCUCAAGGUGCACGUGCGUCCCUUUCUCAUACGCGGCCCGCAGAACCAGACAGCUGUAGUGGGCAGCUCCGUUGUUUUCCAGUGUCGCAUUGGCGGCGAUCCCCUGCCGGAUGUCCUUUGGCGUCGCACAGCCUCCGCCGGCAACAUGCCACUACGUCGCGUGCAUAUACUUGAGGACCGCAGUCUGAAGCUGGACGACGUCACGCUGGAGGACAUGGGCGAGUACAGCUGUGAGGCGGACAAUGCGGUCGGCUCAAUUACAGCCACGGGCAUACUCACCGUGCACGCGCCGCCCAAGUUUAUUACACGCCCCAAGAACCAGCUGGUGGAGAUCGGCGAUGAAGUGCUGUUCGAGUGCCAGGCCAGCGGACAUCCUCGCCCCACCUUAUACUGGUCCGUCGAGGGCAACAGCUCAUUGUUGCUGCCCGGCUAUCGCGAUGGUCGCCUGGAGGUCAGCGUCACGCCCGAAGGUCGUUCGGUGCUCGCGAUAGCGCGCUUCGCCCGCGAGGACUCCGGCAAGGUGGUCGUCUGCAAUGCGCUCAAUGCCGUCGGCAGCGUCAGCAGUCGCACUGUUGUCACUGUGGACACCCAGUUCGAGCUGCCGCCGCCCAUCAUAGAACAGGGUCCGGUCAACCAGACGCUGCCCGUUAAGUCAAUUGUGGUGCUGCCUUGUCGCACGCUGGGCACACCAGCUCCACAGAUAUCCUGGUACCUGGAUGGCAUACCCAUCGAUGUGCAGGAGCACGAGCGUCGCAAUCUCUCCGAGGCCGGCACACUGACCAUUUCGGACCUGCAGCGCCAUGAGGAUGAGGGCUUGUACACCUGCGUCGCCAGCAAUCGCAAUGGCAAAUCAUCGUGGAGCGGCUAUCUGCGCCUGGACACGCCCACCAAUCCGAACAUCAAGUUCUAUCGUGCAGCAGAGCUAUCCACCUAUCCGGGUCCGCCUGGCAAGCCGCAGCUGGUGGAGAAAGGCGACGAUUCGGUCACCCUCAGCUGGACGCGCAGCAACAAAGUGGGCGCGUCUAGCCUGGUCGGCUACGUCGUCGAGAUGUUUGGCAAGAAUGAAACCGACGGCUGGGUGGCCGUCGGCACACGCAUACAGAACACCACCUAUACCCAGCUGGGCCUCGUGGCGGGCGUGAAUUACUUCUUCCUGAUACGCGCUGAGAACUCGCAUGGCUUAUCGCUGCCCAGCCCCAUGUCGGAGCCCAUAGCCGUGGGCACGCGUUACUUCAACAGCGGCUUGGAUCUGAGCGAGGCACGCGCCAGCCUCUUGUCCGGCGAUGUGGUCGAGCUGACCAAUGCGAGCGCUGUGGACUCGACCAGCAUGAAGCUCACUUGGCAGAUCAUCAAUGGCAAAUACGUCGAGGGCUUCUACAUCUAUGCGCGCCAGCUACCAAAUCCAAUAACAAACUCGCUUACAGCCAAUGCCAAUCCGUUGCUGGCCUCCUCCACGUCCGCCGCGGUGUCGGCGUCGGCGUCGGCAUCGGCUUUGAUUUCGACAAAACCAAAUAUUGCCGCUGCCGGCAAACGUGAUGCGAUGGAUGGCCACGAGGCACAGGCUCAGGCUCAGGCACAGUCGCAGAGUCAAAUCCAAAGCGCGUACAGCAGCAAAUAUCGCAUGCUAACCAUAUUGAAUGGCGGCGGCGCUUCGUCCUGCACGCUGACAGGACUCGUGCAGUAUACGCUCUAUGAAUUUUUCAUUGUGCCAUUCUACAAAUCCGUCGAGGGCAAACCUUCGAAUUCGCGCCUUGCCCGCACCCUCGAAGAUGUGCCCAACGAGGCGCCAUUUGGCAUGGAGGCCAUACUGCUAAAUGCCUCUGCGGUCUUCUUGAAAUGGAAGGCGCCCGAGCUGAAGCAAGAGCAUGGUAUCUUGCUCUACUAUCACGUCAUUGUGCGUGGCAUUGAUACGGCUCACAAUUUCUCGCGCAUUUUGACAAAUGUCACUAUUGAUGCUGCUUCGCCCACUUUGGUGUUGGCCAACCUAACGGAGGGCGUUAUGUAUACGGUGGGCGUGGCAGCGGGCAAUAAUGCAGGCAUUGGACCGUACUGCGUGCCCGCUACAUUGCGGCUGGAUCCCAUAACGAAGCGACUAGAUCCGUUUAUCAAUCAGCGCUAUCCCAUCAAUCAGGAUCACGUGAACGAUGUGCUGACACAGCCUUGGUUCAUAAUACUCCUGGGCGCCAUAUUGGCCAUCAUGAUGUUGUCCUUUGGGGCCAUGGUCUUUGUUAAGCGCAAGCACAUGAUGAUGAAGCAGUCGGCGCUAAAUACCAUGCGAGGCAGUCACACGAGUGACGUGCUUAAAAUGCCGAGCCUAUCGACGCGCAAUGGCAACGGCUACUGGCUGGAUGCCUCCACGGGAGGCAUGGUCUGGCGCACUUCGCCCAGUGGCGAUACCCUCGACAUGCAGAAGGAUCACAUUGCCGACUAUGCGCCCGUCUGUGGUGCCAGCGGUGCCGGCUCAGGCGGCGCCACCACCAGCAGCGGCAACACAGGCGGCAUCGAUGAUAUUCAUGGACAUGCCGGCGAACGCAAUCAUCAGCGCUACGUGGGCGAGUACUCGAAUAUACCCACCGACUAUGCGGAGGUGUCCAGCUUUGGCAAGGCGCCCAGCGAGUAUGGACGUCAUGGCAAUGCAUCUCCCGCACCCUAUGCCACCUCCGUCAUACUCAAUCCCGGUCAGCAGCAGCAGCAGCAACACCAGCAGCAGCAGCAGCCACGUUAUCAGCAGCGUCCAGGCCCGAACUCCUAUGGCAUGCAGCGACCCAUGCAUCCGCAUUACCAACAGCAACAACAGCAGCAGCAGCAGCAGCAGCAACAGUUGCAGCUGCAACCACACUCCAGCGCCAACAUCUAUCAGCAAAUGUCCACCACGGGCGAGAUCUAUCCCAGCAACACGGCUGGCGCACGCUCUGUCUACUCCGAUCAAUAUUAUUAUCCAAAGGACAAGCAUAUGCACAUGCACAUCACAGAGAACAAGCUGAGCAAUUGCCAUACCUAUGAAGCGGCACCCAACACACAUCAGCAGCAGCAGCAGCAACAGUUGAACUUGACGGCGAGCGUGCGGCGACAGCAGCUGCCACAUGGCUGCAGCAUUGGCAGGGACAGCGCACGCUUCAAGGUGCAGGAUCAGCCUCUGGCCAAGAGUCAUCAGCAGAACCUGCUCGAUUUGGAUGGCUCCUCGUUCUGCUACAAUGGCUUGGCUGACUCCGGCUGCGGCGGCUCGCCUUCGCCCAUGGCCAUGUUGAUGUCGCACGAGGACGAUCAGGCGCUGUAUCAUACAGCCGAUGGGGAUCUGGACGAUAUGGAGCGUCUCUAUGUGAAGGUCGACGAUCAGCAGCAGCCCUCGCAGCAGCAGCAACAGUUGCUGCCAUUGGUGCCGCAGCAGCAGCAGCCGCAGCAGCAGCAUCUGCCGCAGCAGCUGCCACUCGAUUCGCAGUCUUGGCGGGCGCAGAGCACACGCUCCAAUCGCAAGGCUCACGUGGAGGAGCCGCUGGCCAAGGAGGCCGCCGAGCUGAUCUAUGCGCCUGGCAGCGUGGCCAGCGAGCGCAGCUUGUUGAGCAACUCCGGCAGCGGCAGCAGCAGCCAACAGCCCUGCCACAAUGUCUGACCCCUGGCCACGGCCAGCAGCCAGUCGCCGGCGCAGCUGCAGGAGCAGCUGCACGCCAGAGAGGUGCGUGAGCUGCUUGCUUGGUGCGAGCGCUUCAACAACGGCGGCGCUGAGAACUUUGAGUAAGCAAACGAAGUGGACAGUGACUGACUCUAAACAGUGCUAAAAAAACGUUGACUUCAUGCGUGUUGGUUAGCUGAAUGCAUAAAGUUAAGUGAAGGAAUAGGAGUAAAAUGAUUGAGCUUUUAACUUAAGCUGUAAAAAGCAAAGUGAAGUGAACUAUGCUCUUUAUCUAUAAAUUUCUCAGCUGAA